UUGCGAUAAUUUAGUUUUGCACCAAAAAGGAUUACUCGUUCAGAAUGCCAAUGUGCCUACAAUUCUUUUAAUUUGAUCUUCCUAUACAAUAGAUAUCCAAUAGCCCCUUAUCACAACAAUGCUGAUCCACAAACCCGAUCAUAUGGUGUGUUGGCUUUAUCUUUAGCUUUCAUUUAUUCAAAAAAUGAAACAAAAGUACACUGAAAUAAAUUGAAUAAAAAAAAUCUUUUUGAAAUGGUCAUUAUAGUAAAAAUAAUAAUUAAACAAACCUCUACAUCAAGCUGUCACAACUUAAGUUAAGUUAAGUCACAACUUAACAACACGCCAAAUCUGGUUUCAAAUCCUGACUAGCUUUAUUAGCCUUCCGUACACACGGUUUAACAGCGAACCAGUCACAGAUAACAGAUUUUCAGGCAUACCAAGCACGACACUAGCUGGUGAAGAACCAAAUGUGUCCAAAUUAUGAGCUAUUAUAUCGAGUAUGAAUAUUUUAACACCUGUGUGCCUAACCAUCCUGUGUUAACUAACAUCCUGGAGAUCCUUAAAAAUGCCUUGCAAAAGCAUACAAACCUUCCAAUAACGACAAAGAUCGACGUUAGCCAAAGCUGGUGAUAAUUUUCCUAUGUGCUGUCGUAAUUGAUGUUGGCUCUGUUUGAAAAUGAAGAGCGAAAUCAUGAAAAGUUUCUAUUGGUAGGUAGUUGUCGGAAGUUUCAUUUACCUCGACCACUGUGCUUAGCUUGAUUUUACACCAACACCAACACGAAUUUUUUUUUUCAAAGCGAUGCGACAGCUGAUUUUGACAGCAUGGAAUCACAACAUCAAACAAAUGGUUUGUUUUGUUUCCAAACAUUAUCGCUUUCGCACGCGUCAAUCGGUUCUGCACCAUAUUACAGGAUUACGAUGUGGCUAUAUAUUGAUGUAAAUAGUUUUGAGCCUACAUAAAGUACGGACUUUCUUACCCGGUUUGGCACACUUGCUCCCUUCAAUCUGAAUGGCAAACAAUUGAUGAUACGAUGGUUUAUGACCAGCGGCAUCUGCGAUUGUGAAGCGAACACAUACGGAUACCCGUUCGUUGACGCUAAAGAGAAGACACAUCAUUCCAAAUUUGAAGAGCAAUGAACGAAGAAGUGAUGACCACUGUGGAGAACGACGCAGCAGUAGAUUCUAAACGGCGUGAAAGCUUAGAUCAUCGGGAAGAUUUUCCCAAUUUCCGACAUAUCAUCGUACGCCAGUUCGAUAACCUGUGGACAAAACAAAAUGCUAUACGUCGAUUGCCGGUUCUGCAAUGGGCGCCACAAUAUAGGCUUAACAGUUUGAUCGCGGAUGCUAUUGCCGGUAUCACAGUUGGACUCACUUCUAUUCCGCAAAGCAUCGCCUAUGCCACGGUGGCCAAUCUAGAACCACAGUAUGGAUUGUAUUCCAACUUCAUGGGUUCGUUUGUGUAUGCCUUCCUGGGGUCGGUCAAAGAGAUCACCGUCGCUCCCACAGCCGUUAUGGCCCUGAUGGUACAACAACCAGUGCUAGAUCUUGGUCCAGCUGGGGCCGUUUUGUUGUCUUUCUUAUCGGGCUGCAUCAUGCUGCUGUUGGGAUGUUUUAACUUUGGGUUUGUGGUACAGUUCAUAUCAAUGCCGGUGAUCACGGGAUUUAUUACUGCGGCUGCAAUUACCAUCAUCAGCAGCCAGCUGAAGUCAUUGAUGGGAAUAGCUUCAUCGGGAAAAUCGUCUGGUUUCGUCGACACUUGGAUCAAUCUGUACGAAAACGUUGGCGAAACACGGCUCUGGGAUUCUGUACUAGGAUUUAGUUCGCUUUUUCUUCUCAUUCUUCUAACACUCGUCAAAGGACGCGGUAGUGGAAGGUGGAAAAUAUUUACCAAAUAUCUUUGCUUGUUACGGAAUGCCAUGAUUGUGCUCAGCGGUGGCUUGAUAGCUUACAUUUGCAGCACGCAGGAAAUGUAUCCGUUCAAACUGACCGGCAAAGUCGUUUCAGGAUUACCUUCGCUGGAAUUGCCUCCAUUUGAAACGGAUCAUAAUGGAAAGCACUACGAUUUUAUUGACAUGAUACGAACACUCGGCACGUCUGUAGUUUCGGUUCCGCUUAUAUCGAUACUGGAGAUUGUAUCAAUUGGAAAAGCUUUCUCACGCGGAAGAUUAGUGGAUGCGACGCAAGAAAUGCUUUCGCUUGGAUGUUGCAAUGUGGCCAGCUCAUUUGUUUCUUCUAUACCGACUACGGCUUCGUUCGCAAGAUCGGCAAUCAACAGCAGCAGUGGAGUAGUUACGCCCUUUGGUGGAGUGUUUACAGGCGCAUUGGUGCUGAUGGCGCUCGGACUAUUGACGGACUAUUUUUACUUCAUUCCCAAAACUACACUGGCGGCGGUCAUUAUUGCUGCGAUGAUAUUUAUCAUUGAAUAUCGAGCCGUUGCGGAAAUGUGGCGUAUAAAACGAAUCGAUAUUGUACCAUUUCUGGUCACCGUCGUCGCAUGCCUGUUUUUGGGUCUGGAAAUCGGUAUCGUGGUGGGGAUAGCGGUAAAUCUAUGCUUUCCACUCUAUUUAGCAUCACGACCACGAAUCACUCAUCGCGUUAUGGAUAUUAACGAAACAACGGUGCUGAUUGUUCGACCCGAUAGUGAUCUUGCUUUCUCGUCUGCUGAAUACUUUCGCGAGAAGAUACUUAAAUUAGUGCACCGUACUUUACCGCAGAUAGUGCUGAUUGAUGGUGAAUGGGUGAAAUUUGUCGAUAGUACAGUGGUUCGAAAUUUAUCAAGCACCGUUAGCGACAUAAGACAACAAGAACGCCACGUGCUGCUAUGGCGAUGGGAUAAAAAUGUUCGCAAUGCUCUAUAUCGCUUUAAAAAGCAUAAAUUUUUGCCCUUAUUCAAGAACGAAGAGAGUGCGGAACAAGUUAUUGAAAAUUGGAAACCAGGAUAUCUGAACGAGUCGUACGAAAAUAUCGUUUAACCGUGGUACUGGCUCUGCAGGCAGCCGAAACAUAAACUUUAAUGCAAUUAUGUACGAAUAGAUCAUAAAUCGCAAUUUUUUUGUUUCGCUCUCGAACAA